ACAAUCAUCAGAGCUAUUCAUUGGAGAAGCAGAAGGACCAAACCAAACCACACCUGGCUGCAUGCAGACCACUCACACUAGUUGGAGGAGCAGUUUGGGCAGCGAAAUGGCACUUCUCCUGAGUCUUCUCUGCACCUUGUGCCUGGUGGGGCAAGUUCUUGGCCAGGACAUGCCUUAUGAGGAAUAUAUGGCCCAGAUUCAAGCCUGCCCUAAAGAGUGUCGCUGCCCCCCCAACUUCCCUCGUGCUGUCUACUGUGAUAAUAAAGCCCUGAAGAGCAUCCCCCAAAUCCCUAAAUACACAUGGUAUCUCUACCUGCAGAACAAUCUAAUUGAGGUCCUGUCAGCAGAUGCCCUGCGUAACGCCACACAGCUGCGCUGGCUGAACCUAAACCGCAACAAAAUCUCCAGUGAGGGAGUGGAAGAAGGUGUCCUAAGUACAAUGUCUCACCUGGCGCACCUCUACAUGGAUGACAACCUCUUGUCCUCUGUGCCAUCUCCACUGCCAGCUAGCCUAGAGCAUCUACUUCUCUCUCGCAAUCGAAUUUCCAAGAUCCCUGCUGGUGUCUUCAUUGGUCUGGAUAAGCUCAACCUCUUGGACCUCCAGGGGAACAAGCUGAUGGAUGAAGAUGUGACUGAGGUGAGCCUGAAGGGUCUAAACAACCUGGUACAGAUCAAUCUAGCCAAGAACCAGCUGAGUAGCAUGCCACUUGGCUUACCACCCACCACUACACAACUUUUCCUUGAUGGCAACAACAUUGAGAAGAUCCCAGCCGGCUACUUCAAAAGUUUGCCAAAAGUGGCAUUUCUGAGGCUCAACCACAACAAGCUUGGCAGCAGUGGAGUUCCGAAAAAUGUGUUUAAUGUCUCCAGCAUUUUGGACUUGCAGCUGUCCCACAACCAGCUGACUGAGGUUCCCCUCAUUCCCUCAGGCCUUGAACACCUUCACCUUGACCACAACAAUAUCAAAAGUGUAAGUGGCGCCGUCUGUCCUGUCGCCGUCGACACUGUGGAUGACUCUAUCAAUGAAAGUGUUCCUCGACUGCGCUACCUUAGACUGGAUGGCAAUGAGAUUAAGCCACCGAUUCCCAGGGAUGUCAUUCUGUGCUUCCGUCUCCUGAGGUCCAUUGUCAUCUAAAAUAAAUCCUAAUUAAAUUCUAAUUUCCUUCAACUGAUGAUGAUAUGUGAAUCCAUGCAACAAUAGUGAUAUGAGUAAUUUUUGCAUGUUUGUGAAGCUCAAAUAUUUGACACUAGUUGGCAUCAACUUGUUUGCUGUGAAUUAAGAAAAAGUUCCUUUCAGUUCCAGAAAACAUUGAUCUUUUUAUUGAUAUUUGAAUAAAAUCUAAAAGAAAGUACAAAAUUGACAAGGAACUGAUGGGUUAGAAGCUUUACUGACGCUGCAAUCUGUUGACAAUUAGAUGUGCCUUAUUUUGGUGUAAACAUCUGCAUGUACAAUUCAGAAUGAAAAUCUGAUUAUAAUAUAGCAUGACAGUGAUUUAGACAGAUAGGAGGACAAAAUGUGUUGAUGACAUGUUGAGGACUCAUUGUCAUUAUGCUUCUUUGAGCAGGAGGCAAAGCUUAUC